GUCCGUCUGAAUGAGGCUUCGGGAGCGUUUGGAUCCUCAAAGGCGAUACGUCAUUGCGAGCCUCAGCGAUUGGCUGGAUCCAGCUCCUUUUCCUCCACAAUUUGUGCAACCACGAGCGGUCUUCGCCUCCGGAGCAGAGACAUCCCUACAGUAGAGGCAGGUGGACUCGUUUCCCCCCCAAGAGACAUGAAUGCAAUAUAGCGCGCGCACUCGCAGGGGUGGACAUUUCUUUUCGCUCUCAUCUCGUCAAUUCUUCCCUGCAGACACACACAGCCCGAACCGGACUAAAUGAGUGCCCGGACCUUGGAGAGACUGGCGCUCUCCAUUCCCCACUGUGCCUUAAACGGAACCGCUCGGACCAGCAAUGGCACCUGCUUUGACCGGGUGGAUCAGUUGUUCCAGGCGUUCUCAUCCACCGUCGUGCUUUUCGUGCUCAUCGCGAUGAUCAUUGGGAUAAUAGCCGUGUCCAUCACGACCUUCCACUUUCACAAAAGCAAGAUGAAAAAGCGCAAGAUCCAGAAAGCCCAGGAGGAAUACGAGCGCGACAGCCGCAGUCCCAAAGCGGGCAAAGGCAAGCCGGUGGUCCGGCAGUGCAUCAUGGUGAGACCCCCCACGGCAGUGCGGAAAACUGACCCAAACACGGAGGAUCCUGGCGUGACAGAGGACAUGGGACACUCGGGACAGGCGAAGGACGAGAACUUGUUGGAAUCGGUCGCUGUGUCUUGAUAACGCAGUGCCAGCUUCGCGAGGACACUGUAAAUAUCCCAUGUAUUCAUAUGAUAUUACCCACGGAAUAUAUCGAUUCUUUGUAUAAGCAUUACAGUUGAUACGUUUUCAUCGUAUAGAUCCCGGAGGAGAGAAAUCUAUGGACAGUAUCUCAAUGGAGAAAAGACUAUGCGGACUGUGGAAUUUCCUAUCAUUGUAAUUUGGAGCCGGUCCUAUAAUGGGAUCAGACGAGAGUAUUGAAAAAGAUCCUUGGAUAAAAUGAAAAGGCAUUAAUAGGUUAAUCCAACAGGAUUUUAUUGAACGCGAAUGGAAUUUUUUUUAUCAUAAUUAGGAGUUAAUUACAAUGACAUCAAACAUAAUACCCUCUAAGAAUCAAGCUCCUACUGAUAAAAUGACAUUUUGGACAAAAAUAUAUUAUUAGAUGAAAUCUUACCUAAUUAAUUUGAUCAAAUAAGAAUCUUCUUCUAAAAAAAAAGAUCCUAUUGGAUGACAUAAAUUGAAAAGGACUUUAUUGAAUGCAAAUAUAAUCAAAAUUAGGAGUUAAUCCCAACUGGGUCAUUUAUUUUUAUUUUUAUGAAUCAGUAAAAUCUUACUGGAUUAAAUGAAUAGUAUUAAUUAAUUAGAUAAAAAAAUAAGAACCUUAAAAAAAAAAAAAAAACCUUAGUUAAUCUAAAAGGAUAUUAAUUCAGAUCCAAUCCAAACUGGGUUAAAAAGCAAUCCUCAACAAGAUUAUAUUUGAUAAAAAUGAAAUUCUGGGGGAAAAGACAUUGAUCAGUCAUUUGAUUUACUCGGAACCGAAUCCAAACCGGAUCAAAUGUGAAUCCUCCAUUCUUUUGCCCAAGCCACUUUUAGUUAAUGUUUUCCCGAAUUUUAGUACGCACAUUGUCUCGUCCACUCUUCAUAUUGUCGUGCCACCAAGAGGAAUCAAUGGACGAAUUAUGACAGUACUUCCAAAGUUUAUAGUGAAGGGACGGCUCUCUUGUAUAAAGUCUGUACAGACGCCAAAAUAAGGACAACGGAGACAACGGUCUUGUUCGUGUAGACUUUCAACACAACUCGCAACAGUUUUUCUUUGUUUUGGGGUUUCUGAAACCCUUUUAGGCAACAUUGUUGUUUCUUUUGACAAAUGGACUUUCUUAAUUGGGAUUUUCUUUUGUCUCAGUGGCUUUUUUUCCAAGAUAGAAGUGCAAUUCGUGCCAUUCUGGCUUGGCAUGAAUAGGUUUAGUGUUUUAACCCCUUUAUCCCCGAGACUGUUAAUGUGCAAUUGCUGCUGCUAGUGGUAGUGUAUAGCCUGUACUUGUUUUGUCCAUGGCACUAUAUAAUCAUAGUAAAACUUAUGUAACCUGAGGCAUUUCAGUUUUGUGUUACAGCUCUGUAUUAAUGCUCUUUUGCAUUUUUGCUCUAGAUUAAUAUAGCACUAAUGAUUGAGUAUUAUAUUUUCUAUCAUUCCUAACUAGUGUAACAAUCAGUAAGAGACAAUAGAACAUUUUAAAAGUAAUUUUUCUGUAUUUCCUUGACGUUGUGUUGAAGCGGAAAUGGGAGUCGUAGACCGAAAUCAAGUAUUGUAACAGAUCGCAGUUUGAAUCUUUGUUUUGUUUUCAUUUUGUUCAAUGCAUACGAUUUUGAAUUACUAAUAAAGUAUUGUGCAAA